AUGAAACAAUGCCUUGGCCUUUUAGGGCUGUUCAGCCCUGUCAAAAGUGGCUAUUUAACGAAUAAUUUUGUUGUCGAACUUCAACCUGAAUAUCUUCCUGAAACUCAAUCUCUUCUCAAGCGACAUGGAUUGGAAGUGCGAUCGGUUCCGGAUGGACUUCUUGGGGAGAAUACCUUUUUGCUCAAGCGAUCUGGCAUGCCAAAUUUGCUCAAGAAAAGCCAAGCAGAAAACUACAUGAGGGAACUUGCACGCGACUACAGAAUCCGCCGUACAUAUCCAAUGGAGCCUCUGAGGCGUGACAAACGCGGCAUGCGAGGGGAUACCUUUGAACCGGAUACACGGGCAAAGGGUGGCUAUCACGGUCAGGAUCCUCUGUGGAACGCUGAGUGGUACAUUCAAAACACCGGACAAGAUGAUGGAACACCUGGACUUGAUUUGAAUGUGACUCAUGUCUGGCAGCGGGGAUUUACUGGCAGAGGAGUUACAGUCGCGAUUCUCGAUGAUGGAGUUGAUUACAACCAUCCUGAUCUCUUCCCGAAUUACAGCCCGGAAGACUCGUGGGACUUCUCCGGCAACGACCCGUAUCCCUACCCCCGUUGGACUUCAAACGGCUUCAACAGCCAUGGAACCCGCUGCGCAGGUGAAAUCGCUGCCGUCGCUGACAAUGGAAUCUGCGGAGUCGGCAUCGCAUACAACUCGAAGAUCGCGGCAGUACGUAUGCUCGAUCAACCCUACAUGACGGAUGCGAUCGAAGCGAGUUCCAUGGGCUUUAGGCCGCAGAAUAUUGAUAUUUACAGCGCGUCCUGGGGGCCAACAGAUGAUGGAAAAACUGUCGAUGGUCCCCGAGAGCUCACCCUCCAAGCUAUGCGAGACGGAGUUAACAAGGGUCGAAAUGGAAAAGGCUCAAUCUAUGUGUGGGCAUCCGGAGAUGGAGGACCUUUCGAUGAUUGCAACUUAGACGGUUAUGCAAGCUCCAUGUGGACCAUCAGCAUUAAUUCGGCUGUCAACGACGGCGAGACGGCGAUCUACGACGAGUCCUGCUCCUCGAUCGUCGCAUCGACUUUUUCAUCGGGCAAGGUCGGCGCUCGAAGCAAUGCGGGCGUCGCCACCACUGAUCUGUAUGGCAAUUGUACAAUGAAGCACUCGGGCACAUCAGCCGCAGCGCCAGAAGCUGCUGGCGUAAUCGCGCUCGCCCUCGAAGCUAAUCCAGAUUUGACGUGGAGGGACGUUCAGCAUCUUCUCGUUUACACAUCAAAGAAGCGAACGCUUUCGGAUCCGCGACACCCUUGGCAGGUCAAUGGCGCUGGAUUCUUAUUCAACCAUCUUUUCGGGUUCGGAGUGAUCGACGCAGGAUCGCUAGUUGAAGAAGCUUUGAAAUGGAAAAAUGCGCCAGAGCGAAAAUCUUGCAUCGUUGGAGAAAUGGAGAUCGACAAAAUGACAUUUACAGGCGGCGAACCUGUAGAAAUGUCUUUCAAUACAGAUUCCUGCGCCGGAAAAAGCAAUGAAGUAAACUACAUCGAACACGUCCAAGCUUUCAUUUCCGUGAAAACAUCUCGACGCGGAGAUUUGGCGAUCAAUAUGACGUCUCCUAUGAGCACAACGUCAAAACUUCUCCAGCCGAGGCCAAGGGAUGACGAUAGCGUGGUUGGGCUGAACGAAUGGCCUUUCGUUUCGGUCCAGUUCUGGGGUGAGCGUUCCAGAGGAGAAUGGAAGGUGCGAGUCGCCUUGAGCGAAUUAACCCUGCAACAACAACAAGCCAAAGUCCUGAAAUGGAAGCUCGUCAUCCACGGAACCAAAGACCCCUGGAGUCACAUUCCGAGCCACAUGUCUGACAAAAUCAAAAGUUGA